GUUUAGGUGUAAUGUGUCGAUUGUUAAACAUUUGGAUGAGGGGCCCUUUGAAGUUUCGUUUGUCCUCUAGUCUUGUUGACAGGAUUUCAGAAAGUCUAACUCACAUGCGUUCGUAUAUUCCAGCAGAGUUUGCAAGGAAACCAAGAUCCCUCAGAGAGCUAGAUCGUUGGAAAGCAACUGAGUUAAGACAAUUUCUCUUGUAUACAGGCCCUGUUGUUCUGGCACCAUGUGUAGACAGUAAUGUAUAUAACAACUUUAUGUUGUUAUAUACAGGUAUUUGCAUCCUUGUCAGUCCAAAGCUCUGCUUGGUGUAUAGUAAUUAUGCAAACACUUUGCUCACCAUGUUUGUAAGUCACUUUGGGGAGCUGUACGGCAGAGAUGCAUUUGUGUAUAAUGUGCAUGCUUUGGUCCACUUAUCUGCAGAUGUACAACUACAUGGUUGUUUGGACUCUAUCUCUGCCUUUCCGUAUGAGAAUUACCUCCAUAAACUGAAGAGGUUUGUAAGAAAGCCGGAAUUUCCACUUUGUUAGAUUUCCACUCAGAUAAUAAGAAGAUAAUAAGAAGGUUAUCAGAAGUUCAAAAUAUUUGCAGCAUUGAGUUGCCUUGUAAGGGUUUAAAAAAGCAACAUUAUGUUGGACCUGUUCCUGAUGGCCUUCAGGCAGAAGCACAGUACAGAGAGCUACACACAGAAAAAUGGCAAAUGAAAGUUUCCACAGGUGACAAUGUUUUUGCUAUAGGCAAAGAUAUAUGUGGUAUAUAUAACAUAAUUCAAACAGCAGAAGAAAUUCAUGUAGUAUUUAAAGUUUUCACAAACAUGGGACAUUUCUUCAGCUAUCCCCUGAGUUCAGAUUUUCUCAAACUAUUUAUUGUCUCUCAAACAACAGGGCCAUUUAAGGUGGCCAAAGCAUCAGAGAUAUCUCAUAAGUGUGUGCUCCUACCUUAUAAAGAUAGGUUUGUUGUCAUGCCCUUUUUGCAUAGUCAUAGUGAUAGGGCAUAGGUGUGGUGGUGGCUUAGAAGUGAGUUUGAGGAGCUGAGUAGUGGGAGACAAAAAUACUUAAGACUGACUUAACACUAACACACAAACAGACAUUAAGAAGACCAACCUACUCCACAAUUGAAAUGAUUGACGUGACUCCGCCCCGUCCAGUCCUGCUCAGCCUUCAGUCUGAAGGUCAGGGAGAUGUUAGCUAGUGCUAACCGCCUUCACUUUGCAGUAGUUGUGGAAACAACAGACAGACUUUUAAUAACAGACACACUGUGACCUACUCUGUACAUUUACUUCCAGACUGACAACUUAUUACUCGCUUUCCGCAUCACUUUCUGCCGUUCUCUCGCUCUCACUCGCUCAGCCAUUGACUCGCUACGCAAAGAUGUUUUACAAGCACGAGAUAAAACGACAGUGAACACACCAGUGCAGAUGUAAUUCAUUAGCUACCCGGUUGGUUUUGUUCUGAUAGGUUACGUUGUUAACAAGACUCCACAUGCGGUGCACGUGCUGCUAUAAUGAUCACAGAUAGUAUUUAAAAGAGGGGGGGUUAAAAUAACAAAAAAAACUUAAGGAUAAUAACAUAAAUCUGCAUCAUUUUCCUUUUCAGAUGUAUAUAGUUGCAGAAUUCACAGAGUCCAAGACUGUAAAUAUUAUAUCAGACUUGUGGUUUGAAGAUGGUGCGACUUUGUGGCCAAACUAUAAAAGCGAUGAACGCAUCAACAGAGCUGUUCGAAAACAUGAGGUGCCAGGAUCAGACUGGAAAAUCACCACAUAUUGCUCCACCGACUCCUAUCUUCUCAGCUAGACCUCUGCCAGAUCCGAAUCAUGCUGAACUUCUUCAUUCCACUGCGGCUGCACCACUUGUUCCCGUCCCUCCACUUUGCAUGCCUUCAAGUCCUCCAUGCCAGAUUUCUGCUGGACCUCUGCCUGAUCUGAGGCAAUGUGAUCGUGGUAGUUACACAGCUCCAGUGGCACUUGUUCCUACCCCUACGUCUCGCAUGCCCUCAAGUCCUAGGCGCCGGAUCACUGCCACUCCUCUCACAAAUGACUAUCAAGGCCAUUGUUUUGUCCCCACUUUUAGACUGGGGAGGACUGGCACUGGACCUGUUCCUUGCUCUGCGGCUGAGCUGCACAUUCUAACUUUGCUGGAACAUAUCAAGGAGCAGCAAAUGCAGCUGGCUGCUGCUGUAAAUAACAUUGCUGCAAGAAUGGGAACGGAAACUCCUAUGGCUGAGAUGCCUCAGAAUGUCAGUGUUCCGCUGGCCACCAUGUCUGAAGUGGAGGAGUUGGAGGAGUGGCUUAAAGAUGCAAGAAACUCGCAUGCUAAGCAAAACAUGAUUUCGGCUCUAGGUGCUGUGGGAGGACAGAACUCCAAAACAGUAACUUGGAAUAUACUUUCAAGGAUUUUCUCAAACACAGUGGCCAAACAGAUUAAUUGGAAAGGAGUAAACGGGAAAAGAGGUUUUAAAGAAAUGCUGACACAAACUCUGUUGAUCAAGGCUGCACGGAAGAACCAACCUGCUAGCAGCGCAUUGGACAACUAUAUUAACCAGCACGCCAUCCGCUGGUUCAACCUGGCCUCUGACCGUGGAGGUGGCCGCAAAGAACGUGCCAUGGCCAGAGAGGCCAUUCAUUAACCGUGAAAUGAACGCAUCGGCCAUCCCCCACUCUUCCACCACUGAUGAUUUGUUGGGUGUUAUGUGAGAGUUGUGGCAUUCCCACUUCACUUGCCUCAUCAAUGUUUCCUGUAAAGCCACCAAAGAACGCGUAUGAACAUUUUGCAGUUUUUUCUGGGUUUCAUAUGACUAGAGUUGGAUAUUGUAUUUUGGCUAUAAAACCUUUGUUAUUUAUACCAUGGUCAUGGAAAAUGGUUAAAAUCGAAAUGGCUGGCAGGUAUUAUCUAUUAAGACAAACUUAUUGCUAAUUAAAACGUUACAUCUUGUGUGUUUAGGCCGUAGAAUCUCGUUUCUCUGCUGGCUUUAGCUUUUUUUUCUGCUUUAAUUUAAAAAAUAACAAAAAAAAUAACACCUGUGUCAUAGGUAUGUGGUAGUAAAGAAGUUUCUUAUUCCUACAGUUGUCCUGUAAUUGUUCCUACAAGAAGUUUCUUAUUCCUACAGUUGUUAAAGACAGAAAUGAGCUGUAAAAUGUGUUUCUG